CAGUUAAAGAGCUCCGAAAUACGCCGCAAGAAGGCUCCCGGAGUCCGGUAGUUUCCCCCAGUUGUAUUGCGCCGCUUUGUUCCAAGCUUCUACCUCGCUAUCCUCCAAUCGGUUCAAGACGACAUUCUUGCCGCGCGCAUAGAUGGUAAGUUGAGUAGUUGACCAUCAGCAGGUCGAAUAGUUGUUUGGGUGCAUUCUCGCCAACCUGAGACACUUUUGUGAUUCUGAGAGCAUUUUCCCCCUGGAUCUGGUUCUCUCAGAGAGGUUCCAGUGGUUUGGCCGUUGAAGGUUUGCCCUCGUUCCAAGCGAGCCAAAGUUCGGAGCAAGAAGAGAGUUCAAGGGGAAAAGUCUGUCUUGAGCAGAUUUAAUUUUUAGUUUUUAAUGUUUGGUUGCGCAGCAGUAUAUAUGAUCAGCAGAUAUGGUUGGUUAUAUGCGGGGUAAAGGAAGAGGCGCAGGGAGAUAUUCAAUAUUUGAAGUAGGAAGAAGCUGUAUAGGAAAUACCUAGGUAUAGGAUAUAGAUUAGAUACCCCACAGACUGAAUGCCAUGAAUAGUCGAGGGAAUUCGCCUGACAAUAGCCGUUAGUUAUCUAUCUCACACGCUACCGCAGCGCAGAGAGCGAGGCUGAUGCCAAUAGGAACUGGCCCUCCUGGGCCAUGCCAGCCCAAGCUGUCUUCGCCGUGCUGCUGGCUGCUGUGUCUGUUGGUCUGCUGGUUGGGUUGUUGGUUGCCCGCAGCCGUGACCCGCGCCACCACCGCCCAUCGCAUAUUAUCACCACCGCCGCCGUCCAUACCCACCACUUGCUUGUGAACGACGACGACAACUGCUCCUCACCUCCACUACUACACCACGCUGGCUAUCAAGCUAGUCACUAGGUUAACUAAUUGUUCUUAUCAAUUCAAACGAAAUUGGUUUCUUCUCUCAUUCUCUUUCCCGGGUAGGUAUCUCUUUUACCUCGAACGCUUCCCUCCCCCCCCCCCCGCGGACGACGACGACAACAAACAACGACAACGACAACGACUUCGACGACUAACAUCAACCAACCCGCAUCCCCCUAGUUACCGCCUAACAUAUCCUCCUCCUGCGCGCCACCCUCUCCCUCCUGUCCAGCUCCGUCGACUCCCUGAAUCUUACCUCCCCUAGCCGUAUUACGAUCUCUCCACCGUGUUUCAUCGUCCCGCGUGGCCGGUGCGUGCUUGGAUCCUCACACAACCCCCACAAGGCUUGUGUGGGUGGCGCUUCUUUGUAUCGCGAUAGAACAAAUCUAGCAGAGACAGAAGACGAGAAAGGGAAUAUAUGUCUGACAAAAAGAGAGAUUGAUAGACAGAAGACAGACUCAUAAGGAAUUUUCUGACGGUUGAAACGACUUUGCGCCUAUAGGGAGAUCGCUGGUUUUGCGCGCGACCAGCUGGGAUCAAUCGAUCAAUCAGACUGCGCCUUACAGUGUCAGGUCGACUAUUCGUUCGUCGUAUCUAGAAUCUUCCUCUCUGACUCGCACCCUCUUUGAUCGGGCCUCACCAGAGCAGCUGGAUAUUUCUAUCUAACACAGCCGCAAGCAGCUUUUUGCUGUUCCCUGGCAUUGUCAUCCACUUUUUCCGCCCUUCCCCCCUGAAAAUUACCAUUGUUGCCGCACAAGGGACCAACAUACUCGGUCGCCCGCUUCAUUUACCCCCCUCCCUUCCACCCUCCCCUCCCCGUCAAUAAACAGGAGCCAUCCAGGUCAAUCAAAUAAUAGUAGAACCUUGAAGCCACUCUUCUGCCUUGAAAAAACCCGGGAGCCAAGAGAGCAACUCUCCAUCCUGGCUUGUCCGUCAAAAUGAAGGCUAUCCGGCGCUCACUCAAGGGCGAAAAAGAACCGAAACCACAACAUAUCUCCAUCACCCCAAAGUCUGCCAUUGCUAUUCUCCCACCAAAAAAGGUUAUCAAAGCCCUUUAUAACCACAGGCCCGAACCUGGCAAUACGCAGGAGCUGGCUUUCAGCAAGGGUGAUUUUUUCCAUGUCAUAAGCAGAGAAGACGACACCGACUGGUACGAGGCGUGCAACCCUCUAAUCCCAAGCGCGCGGGGCCUCGUUCCUGUCUCAUUUUUCGAGGUUAUUGGCAAAAACGAGCGUAACAGUGGUGGGUCUGCGGGGAACCCCGAGGAAUACAGUCAAGACCUGCACGACUCUGGAUUUUCGGAUCGCAGUCCACAACACUCCCGGUCAGACUCGACAAACACUACCAAGCAAGCCGCUCGCGCCAGGAUGUCUGCCAUUGGCAAGGGCUCUGGCGCCAUGGUGUACGGCAUUGUACAGUACGAUUUCACCGCGGAACGCCCGGAUGAACUCGAUGCAAAGGCUGGCGAGGCCAUUAUCGUGAUUGCCCAGUCCAAUCCAGAGUGGUUCGUUGCGAAACCUAUCGGUCGCCUGGGCGGCCCAGGCCUGAUUCCCGUUUCGUUCAUUGAGAUUAGAGAUAUGACAACAGGCAAGGCCGUGGCAGACCCGCACGACGCUGUCAGAAAAGCUGGUGUUCCCCGCGUCGAGGAGUGGAAGAAGAUGACGGCGGAAUAUAAAAACAGCUCUAUCACCCUAGGGAAAUUCGAGGGUGGAGCACAGGGUGCAGCAGCAACAGCGGCAUCGGGAGACAUUAGCAGAAUGACCAUGAAUGGCAGCGAUCCUUACCAACAACAGAGCCACAAUUCGGGCGUAUACUCACCGAACCAGCAACAAUACCAGAACCAAGCAUACCGACAAUCUACCCAGCAGAGCCCACAGCAAUCUCAAAAUUUUUACCCCCCGGCCCUCGCGCCGGUUUCCGCAUGCAUCCCCCGAUUCGACACCGAUCACGAUAAACACUGGUUUGUCAUUAGGGCUAAAAUGGAAGAUGGACGGUAUUGGGAAUUGUCGAGAUACUAUCACGAUUUCUACGACUUCCAGAUUGCCCUCCUGAGAGAAUUCGAGGAGGAGGCCGGCAACAAGGGGAAACCGCGGACUUUGCCAUUUAUGCCAGGCCCCGUCACGCAUGUCACCGAAAAGAUUUCUAGUGGCCGACGGCAGAACCUAGAUGAAUACAUCAAGAAGCUAUUGUCGAUGCCCCCUCACAUCUCCCGCUGCCAGCUCGUCCGCCAACUCUUCGCACCGCGCCCCGGCGAUGUCGAAAUCUUCCCGACCACCUCAGACGACUACAGACUCUCCGGCGGUUCGCAGCAAUCCUCCGGCCACGUCCCUUCCCGAUCAGAGUCAACCCAUUCUACCUCCAGAGGCCAUAUAAACACGGGCAGCUACCCACCCGGCUCGAUGGGACCUCCACCAUCCUCACAACGCCAAGCGCAAGGGCACCCGCACCACCAGCAAGGACGCACGCCCUCGCAAUCACAAUCAAACGGCAACGGCAGCGUGAACCUCAGCCGCUCCGAGCUGCAAAACCAGAUGAUGAACCGGCAACAGAGUGCGAUGACACAAACCUCGUCUUCCUCUACCACAGGCGCCGGCGCGAUCAAGAUCAAAGUCUUCUUCCAAGACGACCUUAUCGCCAUCCGCGUGCCUAGCGAUAUCAGCUACGCGCAGCUGCGUGAGAAGCUGAAGGACCGGCUGAAGCUGGGCGACGAGAUUAUGCUGCAGUAUAAGGAUGAGCCGAGUAAUGGGUUUGCGGAGUUGUUGAGUGACCAUGAUUUGGAUACCGCGCUACAGCGGAAUGCGAAGCUUACGCUGUAUGUUGGGCUUGCGUAGAUGUGUUGGCACGAGGAGCAGUAGGAGUGUUUGGACGAGAAUAUAUAUUUUAUAUUUGUUUCUUUUCUUUUUUUCUUCUUCUUUUCUUCUUCUAUUUUAUGUUCUUUUCUUUUUCUUCUUUUUUUUUUUUUUUUUUCUAGCACACGCCUGUGAUCGUUUCUAUGAUCUGAUCUUGAUCUGAUUUGACGGCUUAUUCCCCUUCUAUUUCUCUUCUUUUCCAACUUCUUUUUUUAUUUUCUUCUUUUAUUUAAACUUCUUUUUUUUUAUACUCUGACGGAAACGGAGCAACUAGCUGAGCUGCCGGAGACAUCGUUGCUUGGAUCUAUUUCCCCCUCCAGUCCCUUUCUUCUUCCCUUUCUUCCUCUUCUUCCUCUUCCUCUUCCCCUUUUAUAUCCAUUUUAUAUAUCCCAAAUAUGACCCCUUCUUCCCAUCUCUCUCCCUAUAUAAUCCCCUCAUCCUCCGACCUUUUUUCUUUUCCUUUUCUCUUUUUUAACUUAUAUCUACCUAUCUAUUUCCUUUGUUGUUCGCUCGCGCUAUUUAUAUUUAACGUGGCCCCACUGAAAAUACCAGGAUAUGUAUCGGAAAAAAUUGGACCGGGACGGAUGGAUGGAUGGAUGGAUGGACGGAUGGAUGUGCUCGAUUGAUAUUGAUCGAUCGAUUUGACUGAAUGAAUGUAUUAUGAGCCAGCCACGCCCUCCCUCCCCUUUGCGAAAAAAGGAAAUGUGACAUGAUAUGUUGUUGUAUGCCAGUUCGAGGGAAAUUCAAUCUCCGUUAUAUUAUGGCUUUUUUUCUCACUUAUUUCUUAUUUCGGUUCCGCUUCAUCCUUUUUCUUUGGUUUGCUCUUUUCAAUCACUUUCACACCCACUGUUGGUGUGUGUGCGCAAUGCUGUAUUUUCUCUUUUUUCUGCAUUUCUUUUAUUCUCACCCCCCUUCCCCUUGUCUUUUUCAAUAUGUGUGCUACCCUCCUCUAUGAUUUUUAUUGUUUGAUGGCCCCCUUUUGAUGACCUUUUUUACCUGUGUUUUGUUAUAUCUAGCUUUGCUUUUUUUUUGUCUGUUUGCUGAAACCUCUAUAAUAUAUUGUAAUUGUGAAACUGAGCAAGCAUCAUUGAUUGUCUCCUUUUUAUUCACUGACUAACUAAAAUCCUAUCUAACUAGAUGAUGAGUUGGUAAUGUUCAGUGACCUUGAAUUUUGCUCGGUGGGGAGCUAGAAAUGUCUUAAAUAUAAUCCCUUCAUACGAUUUAUAUCGGGAGCCUUCGUGCAAAAGUAGGGGGCGAGGCACACAGUGACUGUAUACUCUUCUGCCAACAAGUGUUGUGGAGUAGGAACUCUAGAUGAGAUAGUAGUGGCCAUGGAUUCUGCUCUCAUAUAUCAGUUAUCAUGCAAAGAUGAAAGGAUCAGGGUUUGUUAAUGUAAUGUACAUGUACACCCGGACUCCUGAAGAAAGAAACAUUAUCAACUUCACAGAUGAGUGAUGCAGAGCUUCUGAGUUGAUCUUCAGAGGUCAAUUGUGAUAAGCUCAAUGUUAUAUAACCCGGCUGAGAUAGUUAGUAGAAACUGUAAAUGGCUAUCCUACUUUUCAUCCAUACUCUGACAGAUAUCUGGGCUGUCCUUAUUGAUACCAUCAUCCUUUUCUCAUUGUUACUAUCUCUAUCUAAUGAUCAUAGAUCUGUAU